AUGUCUACCUCCGCCCGUCGCCGCCUGAUGAGGGACUUCAAGCGGAUGCAGACUGACCCUCCCGCUGGCGUGUCCGCUUCCCCCAUUGCCGAUAAUGUCAUGACCUGGAAUGCCGUCAUCAUUGGACCCGCCGACACUCCGUUUGAGGAUGGGACGUUCCGCCUAGUGAUGCAUUUUGAGGAGCAAUACCCGAACAAACCCCCGGGCGUCAAGUUCGUCAGCCAGAUGUUUCAUCCGAAUGUAUAUGGCACCGGAGAGUUGUGCCUGGACAUCCUGCAGAAUCGCUGGAGCCCAACCUACGAUGUUGCCGCCAUCCUAACCAGCAUUCAGAGCUUAUUAAACGAUCCCAACACAUCAUCUCCUGCCAAUGUUGAGGCUUCUAACCUCUACAAGGACAACCGUCGGGAGUACACCAAACGUGUUCGUGAGACUGUCGAGAAGAGCUGGGAGGACUAG